CUGAUCUCCUUUGUUUGUGAUGCUUGUGGGACAAAAGGUGACCGUUCUCCUUAUGUGUGUCAUCAAUGCGAUUUCAUGAUUCAUCAAACGUGCGCAUAUUUACCACGUCUUAUUCACGUUAAUCACCAUGACCACCGCAUUUCGUACAAGUAUCCUGUUGGUGUUCGAGAAGUGAGAUGUGGAGUUUGUUGGGAAGAUAUUGAUUGGUCAUGUGGGGCUUAUUCUUGUUCUCUUUGUCCUCGUUAUGCUAUUCAUUCACAAUGCGCAGUAAGGGACGACGUGUGGGAUGGGGAAGAGCUCGAUGGAGUACCUGAAGAUGUCGAAGAUAUCGAGCCAUUCAAGAGGAAUGAUGACAACACAAUCACUCAUUUCGCUCAUCAACAUAACCUCAUGAGCCUCAACAAAGACGAUGAAGAAAACAGCUUGUGUGGAGGAUGUGUUCGUCCCAUCGGUUCUUACACAUUCUACAAAUGUUCAAAAUCAGAUUGCAGUUUCAUUCUCCAUGAAACGUGUGCUAAUCUUCUUAAAAAGAAACGACAUUUUCUGAGCCCAGAGCCUCUCACUCUUUGCCUCCAAAGCCAACGCUACACAGAAGCUUGCCGAGCUUGUCGUCAAGUUUCUUGCAAAGGAUUCAUGUACUUUACAAAUUAUGAGAAUCAAAACUUUGACUUACUAUGCAGUUCGAUUACAGUGCCA